ACACAACGUAAUACCAUCCCAUUAAUAAUAACUAGUGGAAAUGUUAAACAUUGUUGGCGAGCGGGAGCGACCCAACUUGGGAUUUGCCUGCGAUGUUCGGGCUGCAUAACGCGCCGUCAGAGGGAAAGAAGCAGCAAAGAUGCGGCUAGUGGUGCAGCAGACACGGCUCUGCCUGCAGGGCACGAAGCAGGACACGUCUGAGACUGACACCCCCACAGACCCCCAGCAGGACACGGCUGAGCAGGGCAUGUCUGAGACUGCCGCCCCCACGGACCCCCAGCAGGACACG